AUGGCGUCGCUGUUCAAGGUCAAGGCGCUGUACGACUUCGAGGCUAAGGAGGAGGACGAUCUGGGCUUUCCCGCCGGCCAGAUCAUUGAUGUCACGGAGGAGGUCGACGACAACUGGCUCGAGGGCAAAUACAACGAUGUGACCGGGGCAAGCAAGAGCGGCAUCUUCCCCCGCGAGUUCGUCGACAAGUAUGAGCCCGAGGUGCCCACACGGCCCUCUCGCCCGUCUCGCCCCAAGCAAGAGACCACUGCUCCAGCGCCCACGCCCGUUGCCGUGCCGCCGCCUGCUGAGCCUGAGCCCGAGGCUCCAGUUGCGUCCAAACCGCAGCCGCCAGCAGUUGAUAUCCCGCCGCCUGUCAGCGGAGAGGAAGAGACGACAUCGCCGCCUUCAGCCGCCGCCAACCCCAGAUCUCCUCCACCAGCUCCCAAACCAGCCCCCGCAGCCCCCGCAGAGCCCGCCGCAGCGCCAGCAAGUGGGAAGAAGCCCCCGCCGCCUCCAAUCGCGGCCAAGUCCAAUGCCUUCCGAGACCGCAUUGCCGCCUUUAAUCAACCUGCUGCGGCUCCAAUCGCCCCAAUGGUGCCGGGUCAGAAACCGCAAGGCAACACUUUUAUCAAGAAACCUUUUGUGGCCCCGCCCCCUAUGGCCAACGCAUACGUUCCACCCCCAAAGCAAGAGCCUGUGCAUAAGCCUUAUAUCAGAGAAGAGGAUCCAGAGAUCAGGCGCAGACUGGAGGAAGAUCGUGCUGCGGCCGAGUCAGCCGGUCUGACUGGCGAGAGUGCACAGCAAGAUGAAGACGAGGAUGCACCCAAGCCAACUAGUCUGAAAGAACGUAUUGCUCGCCUUCAGCAACAACAGAUGGAACAGGCACAGAGAAGAGCAGAGGGAGGCAGCAAAGAAAAGAAGAAGCCACCACCACCAAGGAAGUCUUCAGAGCCUUCAGAGCAGGAUGUUGAAGCCGAAGGCGAGGAGAUGCAACGUGAGCGUAGCGCGGAUACCGAAAGACAGUCUUUGGAUGUGUCUAGAGAGAAGCCCCGCGUACCGUCAGCACAGCGCCGUCCACCAGAGCCAAUGUCCCCAGUGCCAGCUGCACCCGAGCAUGAGCUCGUGAGCGAUGGAAAUGAGGCAGACCACUCUGCUGCAGGUGAAACUACCGAUGACGCAGGCACCAUCGGCCCCGAAGACAGCGAUGAGACCGAGGCACCCCCUCCACCCCGACGGGCCAGCACCGCGCCCAAGAAAGAGCCAGAUGUAGGCGAUGAGGAAGAUACCACCGAGGAGGCUGAAGACGAAGAAGACAGCAUGGAUGAGGAGACUAGACGACGAAUGGAGCUCCGAGAGCGCAUGGCUAAGAUGAGUGGGGGCAUGGGAAUGGCUGGCAUGUUUGGUCCUCCAGGCGGCAUGCCGAUGCCCGGUGGCGCUCCACCCAAGAAACGCUCUACCAAGGAUCGAAAGGCGAGCGAAGAUGCAGAGCCGCCUCCAACAUCUCCGUCACAGCAAGCCCCGCGAAUUCCGAUGAUCCCAGUGCCUGGGUUGAAUCGCGUGCAGAGUCCGGAAUCAGAUCGAACGCCGCUGCCAUCCGAGUCGCAGUCGACUGUUGGCGAGGGCCUCGAGAGGGACGAGGAUGAGCCUCCAUUGCCCCCGACAAGGAAGUCCACGCACGAAGAGCGCGCUCCUCCGCCCGUGCCCAAAGAUUCACGACCGUCAGGGGCGCCUCCCGUACCUGGUACCGCAACAUCAGCGCCUCGUCCACCGCCGCCAGAGUCACGACCUGUUCCUCCCCCUCCACCAGCUGGCCCUCUUUCGCCUGGUCCUGGCUCUGAAUCGGACGACGAAGCGUCGAUGCACCCUCCUAAAUCUUCUGCCGACGAAUCUGGAAUAGAUACGCCAGGUCCAUUGCCUAUUAGAACAGCUUCUACAGCUGCGCCGCCAGUUCCUACUUCAGGAUCAGUGCAAUCUCCUGAAAACAAGCGAUCCUCAUACUUUGGUAGUGAGCCAGCGUCGGCAACAUCAGACAAGCGCGCGAGCCGUGUGCCCCCUCCAGUGCCAGGCAGUCCUCUCACUUCACCGCGCCCACCACCGCCUCCGCCGCCCACUGCUAUUCCGAGCAGAAGUGCCACUAAACAUGAAGCUGACGAAGAGCGAGGAGAGAGCGAUUACGAAGGGGACUACGAUACUGAUAUUGCGUCCAGCGCGAAACACAAAGAUGCACUCAAAGCACACAUACGGGAGCCUAGUCUCGACGACAGCACAACCGCAGAUGAGGCGCCACUAUCACCGCCAGCACCUCCACCUCAUGCUACUGCGCCGAGAGCCGUCCCUCCACCACCGCCUGCAUCUCAACCCCCUCCAAAGUCAAGGCCUUCAAUGGACACGCCGCGAGCACCUCCUCCUGUGCCACCAGCUGCAACUCCUCAAGUAGGCCCAGGCGACGAGGAUUAUGACCCGUACCGUUACGACAAUGCGUCUCAGCGCGGACCACCUCCGCCGGUGCCAACAGGUGUACCUGUUGUAGCCCCACCAAUUCCUCCCAGAGAGCCAGAGCAGCGUCAAGAAAGCUCUGCGGAUGAUCUUUACUCGACAUCACCAUCCACCAGAAAAUCUUUGGAUGCUCCUUCAAGACCAAUGCCUCCGCCUCCCAGCGAAGCCCCUCCACCUCGAGCUGCUCCUCGCCAAUCGUUAGACGUUCAACGUUCCAACACCACAUCUCGUCGUUCGAUGGAUGCGCCGCGGGCGUCCGGGGAAUACCACGGACAGAUUGCACAGGAUAUCAACCUGAGUCAAGACACUCCUUGGUGGACAGCGCCUCGUCCGCUUCCACCAGUUCUACAAAGUCGCAACGGCGUGGACAUUCUCUCGGAAAGUGAAGAGUCAACUACCUCGAAGCGCGGCGGCCGAACAACAAUCUCCAAAGACAUAUACGUUCUCUAUAUCGACUAUAGCCAGACCAUCAUCAACGCACGGUAUGAUCCGACGAGUCCCACAGAGGUCGUCCUCGAGCAGAGACACCUCCCUUCACCACCCAAACUUCGACAAGACCAGCUCGAAACAUACUGGCAGCGCUUCGGACAAAAGAUCUCGGAGCAAGCCAACGCGAUGGGACACAGCAAGAAAGACACCGUCGUCGCCGACGGCUCGCCUACCGCUUUGGUAUCAGAACUCAUCAAAUCCCACAGCGCCGCCCUUCAACCCGUCGGCACCCGCGCGUACGGCAGCCUCGUCUACGCCAACCUCGCCAACGCCUCGACGAUGCAGUACGACGAGAUCCGUCCGGGUGAUAUCGUCACGCUCCGCAACGCGCGCUUCGAAGGCAGUCACGGCGCGAUGAAGCAUAAAUACAAAGUCGACUACGGCCUCUCCCACGUCGCCAUCGUCGAAGAAUGGGAUGGUACGAGACGGGCGAUCCGCGGUUGGGAGCAAGGGCGCGAGAAGAAGGAUAAGGGUGUGAGGAGCGAGAAGUUCCGGUUGGGGGAUUUGAGGAGUGGAGAGGUGAAGGUUUGGAGGGUUGUGGGGAGGGAUUGGGUGGAGUGGGAGAGUGGGUCGUAG